AUGACUUGUCGUCUCGGCGGUACCUCGUCUCUUUCAUCUCGUCGCCACGGAUUCACCUUGUCGCCGAGUCUGUGUCACCUUGUCGCCAAGUCCAUGUCACCUCGUCGCCUAGUCCGUGUCACCUCGUUUCCUAGUCCGUGUCACUUCGUCACUAAGUCUGUGUCACCUCGUCGCCAAGUCUCUCUCACAUUGUCGAGGAAUCUGUGUCACUUCGUCGCCGAAUCUGUGUCACUUCGUUGCCGAAUCUGUGUCACCUCAGCUCUCCUGCCUCGCCGCCGAGUCUUUCUCGCCUCGUCGUCGAGUCCGUGUCAUCUCAUCGCAGCAACAAUCAGCUCGCCGACAUUCACCUUGUCUUUGAUCUCGUCACAUCAUCUCACCACCUUGUCUCACUCCACCUUGUCUUCCCAACUUCACCUCGCUGUCAGAGAUCUAGACGAUGACCUCUCCGCUUAG